AUGGCUUCGCAUCCAUCCACGGCCGGCCUCGAAAACGCCACCGCCUACAUCAACGGCCGCGUCUUCACGGUCGACGAGAACCAGACAUGGGCCGAGGCCUUCAUCGUGUCGGCCGAGGGCGUCUUUACCCUCGUGGGCUCAACUGACACCAUCGUGGCCGCCGCGCGCCAACAUGGCAUAGUUGUGCAUGACUUGAACGGGCGCUUCGUCAUGCCGGGCAUACACGACGCCCAUGUGCAUCUCCUGACGGCCGGCCUCUCUCACUUCAGCAACAUCCACCUGGGCCUGGACGAAAUCAUGCCCAUGUCCGAGGCGACGGAAAAGCUCAAGAGCUCCUCGUGCGGCUGUGAGUAUGCGCACGCCUUUGGCCGAUGGCUGAGCGCCGACGUCUUCCGCAUCAAGGACUUUGACCGCGCCCAUCUCGACGAGGAAUACCCCGACACGCCCGUCAUCAUCCGCGCCGGCGCCGGGCACAGUCUUCAUCUCAACACGGUCGCCCUCCGCGAGUCCGGCUACGACCUCGCCAACGAAUCCUACCCCAACGGGGCGUAUGUCGGGCGCCGACCCGACGGAUCCCUCAACGGCGAGGUCGCCGAGCUGGCCACGACCAAGGCGCUCCUUGCCUGUCCCAAGCCUCCCGUCGCCCAUGUGCGGCGCGCGCUCAAGUACGCGGUCCAUCGCCUGCACCAGGCGGGUGUGACGUCGUGCCAGGAAGCCGCCACCAACACGCUCUUGCUCAGCACGCUGCGCGACAUGGACCGCGACGGCCAGCUGCAGCUGGACGCGUACACGCACAUCGUCUACGCCCCGGAGUUUAUUGCCGAAGAGUCCCAGUCAGAACUGAUCCAGCUGCUGGACCGGGCCGAGUCGUUCAAGACGCAGCACGUCGACACGCGCUUCGUCAAGAUCAUACUCGACGGCAUCCCUCUGGAUCCGUACUUUACGCAGGCGAGCCUGGAUAAAGACGGCAACGUGGAGAAAGAAAAGCUGUUUCUGUACGACUUGCAAGAGGCCGUCCUGCGGUAUGACCAGCGAGGAAUGACGUGCAAGAUUCACUGCACGGGCGAGGGCGCCACCCGGGUGGCUUUGGACGCCAUUGAGGCCGCGCGAGCACAGAAUCCCAACGGGCCCCGACACGAAAUUGCACACUGCUCGGGGGUGCAUCCCGACGAAUACCCUCGAUUUCGGCCGCUCAACACGACGGCGGAAAUGUCGCCCUCCGUCUUCUUCUGCCAGACGUUUAGCCCGGAAGAGGACGCCCUGCAGGACUGGAACUUUCCGCAGAUGCUCCGCCACGGCGCGCACAUCUCCAUCGGCUCCGACUGGGGCGUCCCCGAGUCCCCGGACCUGCUGCCGGGCUUGGAGGGCAUCCUCGACGGCGUGGGGUCCGGCGACCGCGCCAAGGGGGCCGCCAUGGUGCUGCGCAUGCUGACCCUGGCUGGCGCCGAGGCCGUCGGGCGCGACAAGGAGACGGGGAGCAUCCAGGCGGGCAAGCGGGCCAACUUUAUCGAGUUGGAUCGGGACCUGAGCCUGGGGGAGCCCGGCGCGUUUACGGAUGCCAAGGUGCGGAGGACGUGGUUUGAGGGGGAGCUUGUUUACACCGCGUCGGUGUAG